UCAUCGUGUCGUGACCUCGCGAUGAUUCAUUCCAACGGGAUUCAAAUUUUUGGCGGCUUGACACACCGUUGAAAUUCACGAAGAUGUUUCAGACAAAUGAAGAGGAGAUCCAGUGGCUCAAGAGCCAACUGAGGGAGAAGGAGGAGCAGGUUCAGCAGGCUGCCCAAGCUGGGUUGGAUCUCCUCAACCAGCAGAUGGAGCUGCAGAGCAGACUGGAUGAGCAGAGAGUAGAGAUGACCAACGCACUGGAGGCCCUUGAGCAAGACAAGUACUCCCUGCAGAAGGAUGUGCAGCUGAAGACCCGAAUGCUUGAGUCACUCCAGGCUGACUUCGACUGUGUGAAGAACCAGCAACGGCAGCAGCUUCAAGAAAAGCAGGAGAAUCUGGAGCGGAGCCACAAUAUGGCACUCAGUGAACUUAACAACAAGUUGCUGAGGGUGCAGUCAGCUCUGGAGGAGUCACAGCUGAGUGAAAAGCAGCUGAGACACAAACUGGAAGUGCAAACCGAGACACUGAAUAACAAGAUGGAGGAACUACAGGCUCUGAGUGAGCAGACGCAGAGCUCCAUGACAUCUGAGAUGAUGGAGGUGCAGCUGAAGAUCAUGGAGCUGGAGAACGUGAAGGUGGAGCUGGAGCAGAGCCUGCAGGACUGUCAGUACAGAGAGCAGCAGCUGGAGCUGAGCAACAGCAGCCUACAGCGGCAGCUGGACAGAGUCACCGAGGAGAAGGAGGACAGAGAGAAGGAAGCUGUGUCCUGGUUCAACGCACUAGAGAAAUCUCGUGAAUUGACCAGAGACCUUCAGGUGGAGUUGGACCAGGCCCUCCAGCAAGCCCAGGAUCCCAACAGCAAAGGCAACUCCCUGUUUGCUGAGCUGGAAGAUAAGCGUGCAGCGAUGGAGAAACAGCUCAUCAGCAUGAAGGUCCAGUAUCAGUCCCUGCAGAAACAGUACAGCUUCAGCAAACAGCAGCUGCAGCGCAUGAAGGUCCAGAUAGCCACCCUGAUGCAGCUGCAGGGCUCCAGAGCUGAUCCUGCCCAGCUGGAGAGACUACAGUCCAUGUUGUCAGAGAAGAACGGCGAGAUCCAGAACCUGAUGACCAAACUGCAGAGACUGGAGAGAGUAGAGAUGACGUUGAAGUCUCAGCCAGCUAAAGCUCUGCCAGCAGACAGUGAGGACGGCCAAGAUGGAACCUACUACACUGAUCUGCUUAAGAUGAAGCUCAACAACACAGUGAAGGAUGCAGAGCGUCUGGGAGAUGAGCUUUCCCUGCAGAGGAUGAAGUCUUUGUCUGAGAGUCAGAGAGCACUUGAACUGGAGAGAAAACUCUUUGCAUCUGAACGUCUUCUCAAACAGGCUCAGAGUGACAAGAUCAAACUGCAGCUACGAAUAGAAGAGCUGCAACACAAAUAUGAACCCAAAGAGGUGAAGAAUUUCCUCCAGAAAAGAAAGAGGGAGAAGCUUCCUCUGGAUAUCACACCUUGUUGUGAGACAGUGAAGCUGGAGCAGAAUCAGCCUGUUGUCCCCGUGGAGACAACAGUCGCAGACAUCAUGAACACAGACGCUCAUGUCAGAACAACAGAUCCAAAGCCUGCCAAGACAGUGAAGAUCAGCACAGAGGAGCCUGUUGUGAUUCCAAAUCCCAGUUUUCCCGUGACUGAACCUGAUGUGAAAGAGGCAGAGGAGAACCAGCAGCAGAACAAAAGAGAGGACAGAAGACAGAAGCAGAGGACAGUGGAUGUGAUCCACGUCAGCUCCAGCAGCAGUAUGGAGAACCAGUGUGCUCAGCAGUGACCCACUGGAGGUACUGUACACAUAGGAGGACAAUACCAGUACACAUCUGUGUGUACAUGGACUUUUUCUUCUGGUUUCACUAAAUACUAUAUGUUGUUCUAUUUAUCCUACAUAAUUAAAGGUUUCCCUGUGUUA